GGCGGGGCGGUGGCGGCCCGGCGCGGUGGGCGCGCGCCAGGGCGGCGGGCACAGCCAUGGCGGCGGCGGCCGAGCGGAGCCGCCUCAGCUUCCCCGGCGGCACCGGGGCCCUGGGGCGGCCCGUGCCUAUGAACCUCUUCGCCACCUGGGAGAUCGACGGCUCCAGCCCCAGCUGCGUGCCCAGGUUGUGCAGCUUGACGUUAAAGAAACUGGUAGUCUUAAAGGAAUUGGAUAAGGAGCUUAUUUCCGGGGUCAUUGCUGUCAAAAUGCAGGGCUCCAAGCGCAUCCUGCGCUCCCACGAGAUCGUGUUGCCCCCGAGUGGACACGUGGAGACGGAGCUGGCUCUGACCUUCUCGCUGCAGUACCCUCACUUCUUGAAGAGAGAAGGCAACAAGCUCCAGAUCAUGCUGCAGCGGCGGAAGCGCUACAAGAACAGAACCAUUUUAGGCUACAAGACCCUGGCUGUGGGAUGCAUCAACAUGGCUGAGGUUAUGCAGCACCCUACAGAAGGUGGCCAGGUUCUGAGCCUUUUCAGCAACAUCAAAGAGGCUCCAGUGAAGGUGGCAGAAAUCUGGAUCUUCUCCUUGUCAAGUCAGCCAAUCGACCAUGAAGACAGCACUAUGCAGGCCAGCCAGAAAAUCAAGUCUACAGACAACUAUUCCGAGGAAGAGUACGAGAGCUUCUCUUCUGAGCAGGAGGCCAGUGAUGAUGCCGUGCAGGGCCAGGAUUUGGAUGAUGAUGAGUACGAGAUGGGGAAGCCCAAGAAGCAGCGGAGAUCGAUAGUAAGAACGACGUCCAUAACCAGGCAACAAAACUUCAAACAGAAGGUUGUGGCAUUGCUGAAGAGGUUUAAAGUGUCUGAUGAGGUUCUGGAUUCAGAGCAGGACCCAGCAGAGCACGUUCCAGAGGUGGAGGAGGAUUUGGACCUUCUGUAUGACACGCUGGAUAUAGAGAACCCCAGUGACAGCGGGCCAGAAAUGGAGGAUGAUGACAGUGUCUUGAGCACUCCAAAGCCAAAGUUAAAACCUUACUUUGAAGGACUGUCACACUCCAGCUCUCAGACAGAAAUUGGUAGCAUCCACAGCAUCAGGAGCCAGAGAGAGCCACCAAGUCCUCAGGUAGAAGUGCCUGAAAAGACAAAGAGUCUUGGAACCAAACAUGCAGGCGACAGUGUUUCUGACACUGUCCCUUAUGAGUCUAACCAGCAAGCUGAGGUCCAGGAGGCUGAACUCCCCACUCCAGAUGUGUUUGUGGAGAAGCUCCCACCCAGUGGGAAGAUCACGAAGACGGAGUCCCUCAUCAUCCCAUCCACCAGCAGGUCUGAAGGGAAGCAGACGGGGCGCCGGGGCAGAAGCACGUCCCUGAAGGAGAGGCAGCCGGUGAGGCCGCAGAACGAGAGAGCCAACAGCCUGGACAACGAGCGCUCCCCGGACACCCGGCACCACCUACAGAUCCCCAGGAAAACAGUGUACGAUCAGCUGAAUCACAUCCUGGUUUCUGAUGACCAGCUGCCAGAAAACAUUAUUCUUGUCAAUACAUCUGACUGGCAAGGCCAGUACCUUUCAGAUGUCUUGCAAAAGCACACCUUGCCAGUGGUCUGCACAUGUUCCUCUGCUGAUAUUCAGGCAGCUUUCAGCACAAUUGUCUCCAGGAUACAGAGAUACUGUAACUGCAAUUCACAGCCUCCAAACCCAAUUAAAAUUGCAGUGGCAGGAGCCCAGAAUUACCUCAGUGCUGUGUUGAGGCUCUUUGUAGAGCAGCUGUCUCACAAAACCCCUGACUGGCUCGGCUACAUGAAAUUUCUGAUCAUCCCUCUAGGCUCUCAUCCAGUGGCCAAGUAUCUGGGGUCUGUAGAUUAUAGAUACAACAACUUCUUCCAAGAUCUAGCCUGGAGAGAUCUGUUCAACAAACUUGAAGCACAGACCACUGUUUCAGAGGCACCCGACGUCGUGUCCCGGAUAACGCAGUACAUAGCAGGGGCAAACUGUGCUCACCAGCUGCCCAUUGCUGAAGCCAUGCUGACCUACAAACAGAAGAGCCCCGAUGAAGAAUCUUCACAGAAGUUCAUUCCCUUUGUCGGGGUGGUGAAGGUUGGAAUAGUGGAACAAUCUUCUGCAACAUCAGGUGACUCUGAUGACGCGGCUCCCUCAAGUUCCGUAGUCCUUUCUUCCACUCCGCCUUCCGUGUCUCCUGCUGUGAAAGAAGCCUCCCCCACGCCCCCUUCCUCACCAUCUGUUACAGGCAGCUUCUCCCCAAGCCAGGGCCUCGGUGCUGAGUUGAUGGGCCUGCAGGUGGAUUACUGGAUUGCAGCUCCACCCGUGGACAGGAAGAGAGACCCAGAGAAGAAGGACCCCUCCACCACCAAAAACACACUGAAAUGCACUUUCCGGUCCCUGCAGGUCAGCAGGUUACCUGCCAGCGGCGAGAUCGCCACCACGCCAACCAUGUCCAUGACUGUUGUGACAAAAGAAAAGAACAAGAAAGUGAUGUUUUUGCCCAAGAAGACAAAGGACAAGGAGGUUGAGUCAAAGAGCCAGUGUAUUGAAGGAAUCAGCAGGCUGAUUUGCACAGCGAAACAUCAGCAGAACAUGCUGCGUGUCCUGAUCGAUGGGGUGGAGUGGAACGAUGUCAAGUUCUUUCAGCUGGCAGCACAGUGGUCCUCUCAUGUCAAGCACUUUCCCAUCUGCAUAUUUGGACACUCCAAAUCUAACUUCUAGCUGUGCUCGGCGCAGGGACCUUCUGCCCAUCCCGAGGACUGCACACCAGGAGCCAGGACCUGCGUGCCAACUCUGACUCGCGUCUCUCUGCCCUCUCCUGCAGAAUUAAUUACAGAUGUGCUUGGAUUACUUUUGAAUUACUUUUUUCUAUUAACUCUUAAGUUUACUACAGAGGAAGGAAACCCCUUUAAACAAAGGCAAAAAAAAAACAAACAAAAAACCAACCAACAAACCAGUCUUAAAUAUAGAUGUGCUGACAACGUGAAGUCGUGGGGGAGUUGGCAGGAGCAGGCAACCUGCCCAAGAACACCUACCACUUACGAGCAGAUAGCUGAGUAACUGCACUGCUUAUUAACCUGAGACCUCAUUGGUGUGAGUGGGCUGGGGGAGCCCUGGAUCAGCUCAAACAGAUUUCGCAGAAGAUCACGUGUGUUACGGUGCGUUUGGCCCCCGCUCUGUAUUUCUAGGAGAAAAGGAUGGCCAGUCUUUCUUCCUGCUGCCAAAGGAUGAGAGUCUGGAGGGAGUUCAACUGUCUGGUGUGGAAAACAAAGCCACUUGCAGAGUUAGGGAGGUCUGGAGAGGAGAUCCCCUUUGGAGCACGGAGCCUGCCACGGGCACAGGCAGGUGUUGGUGCUGAAGCGAUGCCUCAGGAGGGUUGGGCAGGAACAGGAAUUAGGGAAACACUAAGUAAGGAAACUCCCGUGUGCCAGGUCUUUGACAAUGACCAAACCUGGCCACUCUCUGUGUUCUCCAGCUGGCUGUGCUGCUGAGGGGCACCACAUCAGUGGGGUCGCUGCUAUUUACAUACUCACACCGAUUAUUUACCUGUCAAUAAAACCUCGUCCAGCCUCGAAAGGGAAAGGAUUUUUUUCAACAGCUGCAGAUUUUUUUAAUGCUUUCUAAAAAAAAUAAAAUAAAAUAAAAACAAAAAGUAACAGGAAAAAUAUUAAUUUGCCAAAAAAAAACCCCACAAACCCAGGAAGAUGAGCCGUUGUCUGUGGAGUGAUGCAUCACUGUAGUGGCUGGACUGGGAGCCAGCCAGGCACUCAGCGUGUCCAGCUGCCUUCCUGCCCAUGUGUCACACUGCACACCUGAGGUGGCACGGGCUGCUCUGUCAGGUGGUGGGUGGGAUAUCAGAGCAUGGUGCUGUUGCCAUGUGGAAGAAGAAGAGACAUCUCUGGCAUUUCAGGGUAAGGGACUGAAAUUUCUGAUGGGCCCUUUCGGGUCCCCCCUUGUGGGCAGGCCAGGCUCUGUGAGCAUUUCCAGAAGGCACUUUCUGAGGGCAGUGAUGCUUUUCAGCUGUUUUCUUUUUUUUUUUUUUUCCCUGAUCCCUUACCCUUGGGUUUCCCAAGGCUUGGGGAACGCACUUUGCGCUGCACGGCAGGUCCUGCUCUACGUGGGGACCAGCUGGGUCCCCAGGGCAGGUGCUGGUGGUGUGCUCUGCUGGCAGGGAGGUUCUGAGGUGAGAGCUGCAUCUUGUGCCUGUCACAGCUUGGGCUGCUUCACCAGCUGAUGUCAUGAAACCCUUUUCCAGCACAAGGGCACCCUACAUGGCCAGGGACUGGGUAUUCCCUUCAAACCACACAGGCAGGAGGACACUGUCCCCAGCCUGGUGGCACGCUGCUGGGCAGGACACACGUCCAGCUGCAAUUCUUUGUUCUUCCUGCCUGCCUUGGGCUGGCUCCUGGCUGUGGCAGAAGCUGGGCUGUAGGGGGGUGUUGUUGUGUCCCUCAGCUGAUGUUUUUGGGUGACCUGAGCUGAUGCUCUGGGGCUGUACAGCGUUGCCUAGCAGCAGCAGCGUGGGAGAGGGUGUAUGAGCGCAUCACAUCUUUAUUGAGGCUGUUGCAUCAAAAAAAAAAAAGCUUUGUAAAGGAGAUUAGUCAGUGUGUGAUUUCUCCCUCGAAUCUCACGCUGGUGUGGCAAGGGUGAUUGGGCUGGGUUCCAGCUGUGGGCAGCCUGGGCAGCUCUGGUGGUGCUGCUGCUGCAGAGGUGGGUUGGACUGAUCGACUGCAAUAACUUUGUUUACUGGGGGGUGAGGGGAGAACCAUCACUGUGCUCCUCUUUGUAUUUCAACCUACUGUAAAGAAAAAAUGUGGUAGCUAGGACGGGGUUUCCAGAGUCCUGCCUAUCAAAUGUGUGUUGCCCUGCUGUACUCUGUGUGUGUGUGUGUGUGUAGGUGUGAGAGGAACACUUCUGCUCGUUGCAUUUCAUGUUGGUUUGUGUUUUGUUCUAACUUUAUAUAAGCAAUUCAUCGGGAGACUCUCUGUACACCUGAGGGCUUGAUUUCCCCUGUGUGGAAAGCUGUUGUUGCUCUGCACAGCGUCUUCCAUGCAAGAAAACAUCCCAACUCCUCAGCCUUGUUAUCCCAAAGGGAGUCCAGCAGAGGCAGGCUGGGUCUGCCUGUGGGCAGCUGUGUGCCAUGGCGUGGCUGUGGUGUUUCCUGGCCCUGGAGACAAGGGCUGGCAUGCAAAUUUGGUGGCACAGCUCUGAUCAGGUUGUUGUGCCUCUUUUUUCUCCUGUGGAGUCACUUUGUGCAGAUGUUUCUUUCCCUGUCUGGAGUAGAAACAGGUUUCUGUCUCUUAAGAAAAAUGAGUAUCAAAGCACGUGGCUCAGACUGCUUUGGGAAGGAGCUUUAGGUCUGGUCCCAUGAAUGAGUGACUGAUCUCAGGUUUCCCAACUUCCCCACAGUUUCUGGGGAAGAUUAUUGCCAGGAGUGAGCUCCACUGACUUGAAGGAUCACCAGUGUGGGAUGAGGAAAAGUUUCUGGGGCAGCAGAGGGCCUGUGCCAGCCCGUGGGGUUGGUGGCCGUGGCCAUGUCAGCGAGUGCAGAAGGAUGGCUUAGAGCAGAGACAACACUGCUCUGUGUUCAGCUCUGGAGAGUUUGGGCAGGGAAGGUACAUUUCAAAUGAAGAAACUCAGGGGGGCUAUCUCCCUCAUGCUUGCUUUGGAGCUGUGUGGUCUGACAGCAGAGGCAGGGCCUGGGGUGGGCAGCACCUGAGUGGAUCUCCAGCCAGGAGGUGCUUUGAAGGUGGUGUCUCCUCUGUUGUGUCCCUUUCUCUGUGUCCCAGAGCUCACCCCAGCCCCCCACAGGGCUAGUCUCUCCUGCCCCUCUGGCUGUGGCUUCUCAGAGCUCUGGUUUCUUUCCCAGCUGCUGUGGGCAAGGCCCCCGGCUGGCUCGGGGGUGAGCUCUGGGAGCGGCUGGCUCCGCGCUGAGCUGACCUAGUUCAGCAGCUCCGGAGAGCAGAUGAAAGAUGGAAGGGGUUUGUGGCAUCGUGUUGCACCCUGAGCGCUUCCCGGUCCUCUGGCUUGAGUUUCCUGGAGACAAAGGCUGGGCUUCAGCCCUGCCAGCGCUCAGUCAGGGCUGGCUCUGCUGUGGCACUGCUGUGUCAGGGACAUCUCGUGUGGCUGUUCCAGCUCCGUGCUGCAGUUCCCAUCCAGUUCAAUUGACACUUCGCAUCGCAGCGGUGACUGCAGAGCCCUCCUGAAUUACACAUGAGUUGGGGAGAGCCAUGGAUCUCUUUGGCUGUGUUUUGCUGCUUUAGUUAAAACACAAGAUAAAGCUUGUGGCUUUAUCCUGCAGAGAGGGCAGGAGUAGGUGGCUGGCAGGUUUCUGGGGCUGAGGAGAUGUGCCUGUGUGCUUUCCAUCAUCACACUCAGCCAGGAGCCACACUGCCCUGUGCUUAACCUGUGAUUGCAGCAAAGGCCCUGCCAUGUUUCUCACCAGCAGCGUGUGCUGGUGGGAGCACUGGAGAGCCAGGGCAGAGGAUGUUGCACCUGGAGUCUCCAAAUUUAAGAGGGAAAUCAUGUCAAGAGGCAGCGGAACCAGUGGUCUUUUCCUGCUACCUGGUGUGCUAAGGGAUUGGGAAGCUGGGAUUAGGACAGUGGGGCCAUGCAGCUGUAAAGGGCUUGGAGCUCUGGAGAUUUCUGGAAGUCAGGUUGGAUGGGUCCCCUUCAUCCGGGGGCGGUCUUGAUUUCAGCAGAUAUUUGAGUAGUGGCAUUUUAAUGUAACAUGCCCUCUGGGCUUAACCUGGCCAGGAGAAGGCCAGAAAUGAGCAGCAGCAUCUCCUGGAGAUUUCCUGGAGCCUCUUCAAUGGUAUUCUCAUGGGAGAUGUUCCUGGCAGGGCUGGCUCCUGCAGGAAGGAUCACUCUGGUGCUUUGGGACAUACUGGGGCAGAAGGGGACGUGCCAACUUGUAAAGCAGCAGGUCGCUGGUUUCCUUAAGGAAGAGCACUGUUCUGGGGCCACAUCCAGUCAGCUGCUGGCUGCAGCCUUGGCUGGACAGUGGCCGGAGCGUGGCCUGCCUGGCUGCGGACGUGCCCCAGCUGUGGGGAAGCGCCUGAAUUCUGGGGCUGCGUGCCACCAGGCUUGUCCAGACCGCGGCAUGAGAGGGGACGUUACCACUUUGUAGAUUCCCGAGCUGUCCAUCUGUUUCAUUGUUGUAUUGUUUGGGUUCUAGGGUUGUUUUUUAUGAAGACAGAUUAAAUGUAAAUAGCCUUUUUUUUGGAACAAACUGCAACGUGCUCGACCUCGUCAACUAUUUUAUGGUACUAAUGCAACACUAAUAAAACUGGACAUGAAAGCACA